GUCUCCUCUCAGAAAAUGGGCUCAGAUCGAAGUGCAGAUAGACAACAAGGAUCUGGAGACCUCGAGGGAAGAGGGUGUAUCUCUGGCGAAUUUGUCCAGCCUGGCUCAGCGUGUGGAGGAGUUAGAGAGAAGCAGCAGAGCCCACGACUGCAGGGAAAGUGGUGUGGCUGCAAUGGCUCACCUUGUUCAUCGCCAAGCUAAGUGUGACCAGCUUGAUGCUUUGAUUGGUCGAUUAGUCGCAACAGAGGAAAAGAUUGCAGAUUUGUGGAAUAUCAGUAGAAUCCUAAAAGAAGUCCAAGACGAACUUAAUUCCACGAAGAACACCCUCAGUGAUUUUCAACUGCAAAGGCUAAAAGAGAUGACGACGGUUAAUCAAGUCUUCGAGGACUUUCGCCAUCAGUUUGAGAAAGAGACGAUGAACAUAAAUGACACGCUAAAGAAUGUGUUAUUGAAACAACAGCAAAUGGAAGACCGGAUACCGAAGGUAGAUGAACGAAUGUCACAGGUAGACGUCAGGAUGUCGAAGGUUGAUGACCGAAUGUCACAGGUUGAUGACCGCAUGUCACAGGUUGACAACCGGAUGUCCCAGGUAGAUGAACGGAUGUUACAGGUAGACAUAGGUAUAUCGAAGUGGGCGGCCUCGAGGCUGACAGAUUGCGACUAUCGUAGUCAGUUAAUAAGCAACUUGACAGCCAUCGCUGAAGAUGUGGCAGUUCUGAAGACAGAAACUCGUAGUGAGAUGUCAACGAUGAGGAGUAAAGUGACCGACAUUGAGAACGCUUUAGCUACUCACGUGACCACGUCAAACGAGACUCAAGCAGCUCUACUUUCAGAAAUGUCAGCUCGGAAAAGGAUAUCGGAGCAACCACCUUAUGGUGGCUGUCCUGUGGAGAAGGGUUAUGUGCUUUACCAUAAGCAUUGUCUGAAGUUGUACACAAUCGGUCUAGACUACCAGGCUGCUAGAAGGCGCUGUGAAAAUGAUGGAGCUCAUCUCUUUCAACCGAAGUCAAGUGAGGAGGGUGGCUUGGCCUUGUUGUCGCUGAUGGACACUAACGGACAACAGCUAAACUCGAGCGGCCGUUGGUGGGUUGGAGCAGAUGACAUUGUGACCGAAGGUCAUUUCCUAUGGACGGAUGGCUCCCCCUUGCGGACCGAUUUCACCCUCUGGGCCAGAGGCCAGCCGGACGAUUAUUUGAGUAGCGAAGACUGUGUUGAGGUCUUGUACAAUAAAGUCUUGCUUCUAAACGACAACAAAUGCGGAGAGACCAAGGCCUUUAUUUGUCAGGCCGACCUCGAGGUCCAGUGAAACGACGGUUUGUUGUCAACAGCAACAAGGCAAUAAAAUUUAGAUUUUUUUUAUCUCUAACCCGCUGGUCGCACUGUGCACUCUGUCUAUAAUACCAAUCACAAUAUUCAGGUCGAGUUGACGGUCUGCCCUUUCAAUGACAUCAGACAUGAUGGAGGGGAGUAUAGAUCAGGCUGACCUUUGUAGACAUUUAAAAAAAUGCUUUGCAUGUUGUGUUAUUGUCCUCUUCAAACAAGUCCUGAGAAUGUCAAGUAUUUGUCUAAGCAAAGCUUCUGUCGCAACUGUACACCGUGGGAAGAAAAUGCCAGAAACAUGAUUUUCUUGGAAAAUCUGUCUGUCCGUGAACCUGCGCUUUAAUGCAUUUGCUAAAAUGGUACUGUCGAGCAAUAAUAAAAUCUUUGAAUU